CGUAGGGAGGGAACGCGCCCUAGAGCCGGCGGGAUGGCGCUGUACAGCAAGGCAGAGACCCUGGAGCUGCGGAAGAAGCACAUCGGGCCUUCAUGCAAGGUUUUCUUUGCUAAGGACCCUAUUAAGAUAAUGCAGGCUCGUGGCCAGUAUAUGUUUGAUGAGAAUGGAGAAAAAUACUUGGACUGCAUUAAUAAUGUAGCGCAUGUUGGACACAGCCAUCCAGAUGUGAUCAAGGCUGCAGUGAAACAGAUGGAAUUGCUCAACACCAACUCCCGAUUCCUCCAUGACAAUCUGGUCCAAUAUGCAAAGCGCCUCACCGCUACCCUUCCAGAACAGCUCUCUGUGUGCUACUUUGUGAACUCUGGGUCAGAAGCAAAUGAUCUUGCUUUACGCUUGGCUCGGCAGUUCAGUGGCCACCAGGAUGUGAUUACUCUUGACCAUGCUUAUCAUGGCCAUGUUACCUCCUUGAUUGACAUCAGUCCAUAUAAAUUUAAUCAGCUGGGAAAAGAGGGCAAAAAAGAAUUUGUACAUGUGGCUCCUUCUCCAGAUACCUACAGAGGAAAAUACAAGGAAGACCAUCCAGAUCCAGGAUGUGCCUAUGCUGAUGAUGUGGCAAAGAUAAUUGAAGAGGCUCAGAAGAAUGGUCGCAAGAUUGCUGCCUUUAUUGCUGAAUCCAUGCAGAGUUGCGGAGGCCAAGUAAUUCCGCCUGCAGGCUAUUUCCAGAAAGUGGCAGAAUAUGUCCACAAAGCAGGUGGUGUUUUCAUAGCGGAUGAAGUCCAGGUUGGUUUUGGUCGAGUUGGGAAAUAUUUCUGGGGAUUCCAGCUACAAGGUGAAGACUUUGUGCCUGACAUUGUCACUAUGGGAAAGCCAAUUGGCAAUGGUCAUCCAAUGUCUUGUGUAGUUACAACAAGAGAGAUUGCUGAAGCCUUUGGUGCCUCUGGACUGGAGUAUUUCAACACUUUUGGUGGUAACCCAGUAUCCUGUGCAAUUGGAUUGGCUGUUUUGGAUAUAAUAGAGAAAGAAGGUCUUCAACAGAAUGCCACAUGUGUUGGAGACUACCUCACUGGGCUACUAAAAGAACAGAAGGAAAAACAUCCACUGGUGGGAGAUGUCAGAGGUGUUGGUUUGUUUGUUGGUGUGGAUCUGGUGAAGGAUCAACAAAAAAGAACACCUGCCACUGCUGAGGCCCAGCAUAUCAUCUAUAAACUGAAAGAACGGAGGAUACUUCUGAGUGCAGAUGGACCAUAUAGAAACAUACUGAAAUUUAAGCCCCCCAUGUGCUUCAGUAUGGAAGAUGCAAAGUUCGUAGUUGAUCAACUGGAUGAGCUCCUUACAGAUUUAGAAGAAGUAAGUGUAACCCCAACUAGAAAUGGACUAUCUACAAGCAUACAGUGUAAAAGAAAGGGACCUACUGAUGGGACCACACAACUGGAAAGCAUCAGCGAAAGCAUCAACCAUCUCAAUGGAAGUGCCUUUAAACAUGAAAAUGGAUUUUGUGCUGAAGGCCAUAAAGUGCCUCUCAAAAGGAUCAGGACAUGAAGUUUGAAAGAAGAACCACAAUAAAUGGUUGAAUGUUUUUAAAGACAAACAGAUAUGUACUCUAGGUGAUCAUAAUACUGGCUGAUUCUCAUAGAUGAUGGAGAUAGUAUUCAUUUACCUACCAUCUAAAUUUGAAGCAUCAGGCUUUUCAGCCAUACUGUAAAACUUGCGUAGCCUCCUUGUUUGAGAUGCCUAACACAGGUUUGGACAGAUCUUUCUUCCUCUGUUUGAAAUUUCAAUAUGCAGUAUUGAAAUAUUACUAAUAUCCCAUGUUUUAAUGGCUGAUGUAAUACACUGUGCAACAUUUGGCCAAGGCAAUUCAUGCCAAUACUGAAAUAAAAUAUUGUACAAUUAAAUAUUUAUCUUGUAGCCUUCACGUGCAACCAGACAUGGAACAACCAAGUGCAUUUUUAAAUUUUUAAACCUAAAAAUUCUACCAGUCAAAUUUUUAGAUUGUGGUUCUAUACACAUUUACCUGGAAGUAAAUGGAUCCAGGUGACUCUGUUAGCAAGAAAGGACAAAUAAAUCCAGCACCCAUUUCUCUCUGCCUCUCAAAUUGAUUUCAGCAUUUUUUUUUAGAUGCAGUAUAUAUUUGCACAUGGAAUUUUCUCCUGUAGCUAGAGAUAAAUGCACAGAAUCAAUCUUGUUUUAUAUUCCCUAAUGAAGACUUUUAUUACCGAUUAUAUAAUAUGACUGAAGUGUACAAACUGUUGGAUGACUGUCAACUGUAAAGUAUCUCUAUAUUUAAAUCAGAUGCCCUCUGGUUAUAUAUGUUUGUCAGUGCUUUCUUAAUGUUAUCAGCAUUCUUUACAAACUGAUAGAAUACUAGUGAGUUUUCCACUUACUAGGCAGUCUUGUUUAUUCCAAGAAUAAAAUUAUUUU